GUGGGCGCGCCCGGAGCCCCGCACGGCCCUGCCCGCAGCCGGCACCGCCUCGGCCGUCGGGGGCGCGCCCGGCCCUGCGCGUCCCCGCACCGCGGCCCCCGAGAGAUGGCGGAUUCCUAUACCUAUAAAGGUGGAAGGAAAACUGCAGGAUCUCAUAAACCCACUGCCAGCAAGGAAAGCAGGACAGAGACAAGGAUAAACCCAUCGGCAGAGCUGCCCAAGCUUGGGAAUGCAACCAGUGACAAAUCCGAAGGCAGGAAGAAAGGACGACCCAAGGCUGAGAACCAGGCACUGAAAGACAUCCCUCUCCCCCUGAUGAACCAGUGGAAGGAUGAAUUCAAAGCCCACUCCAGGGUGAAAUGUCCCAAUGCAGGCUGCUGGCUGGAGUUCCCCAGCAUUUAUGGCUUGAAGUACCACUACCAGCGCUGCCAAGGGGGUGCGAUCUCAGAGAAGCUGACAUACUCAUGCUCAUACUGUGAAGCUGCCUUCACCUCCAAGACACAGCUGGAAAAGCAUCGGCUCUGGAAUCACUUGGAUCGGCCCAUGCCCACCAGCAAAGCAGAACACAAAGUGCCCAAGGCCAUUGGGAAGAGCAGUGGCAAGAAAAGAGCUGCUGAGAGUUCAGCUUGCCCCACCAUCCAUCCCAAACAGGCAAAGACGGACAAAGCCGAGGCCCAGGACCACAAUGGCCAGUGCCUGGUGGAGAGCAGGGAGAGCAAGGAAUUCCACAUUGCUGGAGCUGAGGCUAUGGCAGCUGCCACCCCCACGGCCAGGUCCUGCAGUGGCAAGGACACGGUGCAGCAGGGAGGCAGCCAGGCCUCGCUGCAGGAGGAAGACCCCGAGAGGAUGAAGCACAGAAGGAAACAGAAAACCCCUAAGAAGUUUACGGGGGAGCAGCCAUCGAUCUCGGGGACGUUUGGACUCAAAGGGCUUGUCAAAGCAGAGGAUAAGGCAAAAGCUCAUCGGGCCAAGAAGCUGGAGGGGAACACCAAUGAGGAGCUGAAGAAGAAACCUCUGGGAGCUGCUGUGAAGAAGGAAGCAGUUGUGCAUCCCCCAGCAGCAAACCCUGAGGACCAGUGGCAACGGGACAUCAGUGAGAAGGGAGAAGUGGCCUGUCCAACCUGCAGUGUUAUAACCAGGAAGACUAUCGUGGGGCUCAAGAAGCACAUGGAUGUGUGCCAGAAACUGCAGGAUGCCUUGAAGUGUCAGCACUGCAAAAAGCAGUUCAAGUCCAAGGCUGGGCUCAAUUACCACACCAUGGCCGAGCACGUCAGCAAGCCUGUUCCUGUGGAAACCACUGGACUUGGUGAACAGGAAGAACGGGAAAGGCUGAGGAAAGUGCUGAAGCAGAUGGGAAAGCUGAAGUGCCCCAAUGAGGGCUGCGUGGCCAACUUCUCCAGCCUGAUGGGCUACCAGUACCACCAGAAGCGGUGUGGGAAGCAGCUGGCCGAGGCCGACAAGCCUGUGUUCAGCUGCCCCCAUUGUGGCAAGAAGUACAAGUCCAAGGCUGGCCACGACUACCACGUGCGGUCAGAGCACACGGCCCCGGUGAGCCCCAUGGACACCUCUGCAGUGGGGCCAACCCCCCCCAUGGGGGACUGCAGAGCUGCAGAGCCUCUGGGCAGGACAGAGCCAGGCAAGCCUCCGGAGGAGCCAGAGGUGAAGCCAGAGCCUGGUCCCAUAGAGGACUUUGAGAGGACCCCGAGCGGCCGCAUCCGUCGGACAUCAGCACAAGUGGCUGUGUUCCACCUGCAGGAGAUAGCAGAGGAUGAGCUCGCCAAGGACUGGACCAAGCGGAGGAUGAAGGAUGACCUGGUGCCCGAGACCAAGCGGCUCAAUUACACCCGACCAGGGCUUCCAAAGCUCAACCCCAGGCUGCUGGAGAACUGGAAGAAUGAGGUGAAGGAGAAGGGUCGCAUCAACUGUCCCAACAACUGCUGUGAAGCCAUUUACUCCAGUGUCUCGGGGCUGAAAGCUCACCUGGCCAACUGCAACAAGGGGGACCACUCGGUGGGCAAGUACUGCUGCCUCCUGUGCCAGAAGGAGUUCAGCUCUGAGAGUGGGGUCAAGUACCACAUCAUCAAGGCUCACUCGGAGAACUGGUUCCGCACGUCCUCCGAGGCCAGGAGCAGGAAGAAGAGCAGGGAACAGCUUCCUUCCAGCAACGAGGACAAGAAGCAAAGCACAAACGGGAAGAAAAGGGGCAGGAAACCCAAGGAGAGGCCUCCGGAACCAUCCCCAAAGGGCAGGGAGAACCCGGCAGCAAAGACUAACCACAAGAAAGCCCUGGAGCCCUGGGAAGGCUCCAGGGGCAGCCCCGAUGGGGACGAGCGUGGCCCUAAGCCCCUGAGCCAGCGCAAGGCAGGAGCCAGCAACUGAGAACUGAGCAGCUCAGAGACUCCUCUGCGAGGAUUCGUUUACAGCCCAGG